AUGGCGGAUGUAGUGUAUAGAGGGUCUCUAGAGUACAUGUCACACUACGUUAGGGCAAAAUUGACAUCGCCGCUUUCACAACAAGAUAUCCGCCUGCGUACGACUACGGAUAGGAUGCCACCGAGAAGGAUUGAUCGCUCGGCGAUUGGAGCUCCUACUAGUUUUCAGCAUACCGGACAUUUGGGGGCCAGCGAUAGCCAUUCAGGAGUAGAUAAUGAGUUCGAUAGUAUUAAAAGUCAAAUGAAAUCGAAAGGUGGUUAUGUAAAUAGAGCAGUCCCGACUGAUACAACCCAUAAAUUGGUAGGAGCCGAUGAUGUAAAGGUAGAUAUUCCUAAAGAUAAUGCCAAGAAUAGAUAA